GAAGUUUCAGAGAAUUGAAUUUAAUAAGCAAUAAUGAAUUGUCGAACGGACAGCAAGCUUAGUGGAUGGAUCACCUAUGGUCCCAAAAAAAAUACCCGGUCCUCAAAGUUCCUUAUUUUUCCCACUUGUUUCCUGACUUUUAGUUGAAAAAUUAGGGUUUUUACAGAGCCUUUUUGUUCCUGACAUGGUAGUAAGAUCUCUGUGUUCACCCCUUCUUUGUUGGGUUUUAGGCUUAUUCUUCAUUUAAUGGAAUGGAUGUAAAAUCUCUGUGAUAUAAACUCAUUUUUUGUUGGUUUUUCUAUCUCUGAUUUUUGUUGACGAUGGUGUUACUGUAAAUCCUAAGGUUUUUUUUUGGAGUCUUUUUCUUUGGGUUUUUUUCUGUAUGGGUCUAGGGUUCAUUUCUCACCAUUUUUUUAUUUUUAUUUUUUGCCAUUUCUUUAGAUUUAGAGAAUUGACUGGUUUAGGCAUUGAUACCCGUGAAAACCCAUCUAACAUGUAAAAUAACCAUCUCUCCACUUGGUUUUUUAAAUUCCUCAUUAGAAUUAACAGGAUUUCAUGGCUUUAGGGGUCUCUGCCUCAAUUUAAUUGUACUGUAGUUUUAAUUUAUAGUUAGAUCUGUCUGUUAAUCUGGUUGAUGAUCCUUCCAAAGUCCCCUUUUCUAUUUGUGCUCCAAAAUUUGAUUUUGGUUUAGAGAGAACAAACAUGGUGUGAAAUCUCAGAGGAAUAACAAUGAUAAGCUCAGGCAUGAAUCUGGUGAUGACAGUCAUCGGGUUCGCAGUGAGCACGAUGUUCAUAGUCUUCGUGUGCACCCGACUAAUUUGUGCAAGGAUUCAGUUGACUGCAUCGAGAGGAUCGCUCCCUACUGCUUCUCGAUCUGAUUUGGGACUUCUAGAACGUGGACUACAUGGCCUGGAACCAGUAGUCAUUGCAACCUUUCCUACAAAGAAGUACAGUGAUGGUGUUUUCUCCUCAGGGGAAGAUUCCCAGUGCACUGUAUGCCUCAGCGAAUACCAAGAGAAGGAUACUUUACGUAUUCUUCCAUAUUGUGGCCAUGCCUUCCAUGUCUCGUGCAUCGACACAUGGUUGCAACAACACUCGACUUGCCCUGUUUGCCGAAUAUCUCUACGUGACUCAUCUGAAGGGAAACGUUUGAUGCCCCCAAUGUUCAGCACUGCCUUUCGAUCAGCUUAUGGUCUCCACACAGUGGCAGCUCACUCUUACCACUGUCUAUAUAGUGGUCAUGUCUAUUCGAAUGAGACUGGCAAUGAGAGGAGAAUGGGCUCCAUUGAAGAAGAGCACUUUGGGUCAGAGUUCGAAGCUCCUGAUUCUGGUCAUAGUGUCUCAGUGUUAAUUGAUCAUGCUAGCUAUAUGAGCACCAAUCAUCAUCAUAUCUCUGAAAGUAGUGCAAAGCCUGGGCCUGAACUCAUUCAAAGUGACAACAUGGGGGUGGAGAAGGGAAAGGAGGGAAAAGUAGGAGGUGAUGGUUUUAACAGAAAAUGUGAUGGGAUUCAGAGCACUGAAGGCUGCCAUUUACAGGGCUGCUCAACUCUUGACUGAUAUCAAUAGUGAGAGGAAUGUUCAAAAUAUGUUCAAGAAGCCAUAUGGUAGACACAGGCAUUGUUUGGAAGAAGCAGCAAAAUCAGGUUUUCAGUAUUAUUUCCGGGAUUGGUUGGCUUCUUUCAGCAUGGUCUGGUUUAUGUGUAACUUUGGAUUUGAAUAGGUGAAGACAAUCAGAAAGAGGAAGCUGUUUGGUUCAUGAACUUGACGAAAUAGGCUGAUGCUUAAACACUAUUUGUGUUUAUGUGAUGGUCUUUGUUUCAUUAGCUGAGGCAGUGCUCUGUUGAGAAAGUGCGAUGUUUCUUUGUAGCAGUUCGAUCUAUGUUGCUUCGAUAGGAGAAUUCCCGGUCGGGUAUUUGGAACUGCAAAGUGGUGGUUUGCUGGUUCAUGCACUUGAAAUGGUUCGAAAUCUCGAGAUUAUGUAAAUUGUAUCGGAAGGCUUGAUUGUCACGGAGUUCGUGAACUUGUUUUCUUACUGAAAUUUGGUUGAAAACACGCGAAAUUCCUUGGGACAUGUAGGUUGUAUUGCUCUGCAUUUUCAAGGAAAAUUCACAUGAACAAAAACACACACCAAAACAACUUUGACA